GUCAAACCAGUUCGGAUAAGAAGAUAUAGAACAGAGUUUGCAUCAGAGAAUAAGCUACCAAUAAAAUUGCCAAAAUGGAUAUUGGCUAAAUAUGAAACUGAGAUCGAUAAAGAGAUGUAUGAAAUCGAUAGAGAGGUAAAUGAGAUCAAUGAAGAAGAGAGUAAAGUCAAAGAGGAAAAUGAUGUCAAUAAAGAGAAGAAUGAAGUUGAUAAAGGGGAGAAUGAGAUUGAAACUUUGGAGUAA